GCAUGGCAUGGCAUUAGAAUAAGCAUCCAACCGUCCAACCAAUCCAACUAUUAGCUGCAAUUGCUGCCGUAUUAAUAAAAUGGCGGCGUCCAGGCAACCUCUGGAUUCUUUGGACGCCGAGGUCUUUGAAAAAGCGGACAGUACUGAGUUGCCCAGAGACUCGUGGAUGGUAAGGCCAUGUGAAUGGUACGUGGAGGAGUACGCGGACUGUAAAAGCAUAAAGGCACGCUUCCACCAGUAUUUCAUCUUCGGACAUACUAUCGACUGCAGUCAGUGGAAAACGGAUUACGACAACUGCAUGCUGUGGAGGAAGUCCAGCGAUAUAGAAGCCUUGAAAUCUGUGAUCGACAGUGAACACAAACGCAAGGAGGAUAGGCUGAAAGCUACGUUGGAGAACAACGUGUGGGAACUGAGGACGGAGCCUCCUAAAGACUGGAACAAGGCUUUACCCGAGUGGAUGGUUAAUAAAUUUAAAAACACCUAUCUUGCCAUGAAGCAAAAAGAAAUGGAAACCGAGUACGAGGCUCCUCAGAAGAUGUGUGUCAUUUCGUGAACAUUAUAAUAAAGGUGUUAGAAGGGUGA